UCUCCUCCGAUCCAUUCACCACACAACUUCAGCCGGCUGAACACACUCGCUUGCUCGCUCGGCUCCAGUACAUCUUGCUAACCUAAUUCAGAAAACAAGUACUACAGCUCUCUGCCUGUCAUCUUUGCUCAGUGUAGCAUUUUCAGGUGAUCUAGGAAACGGUUAUUUUUAUGAGCAAGUAAGAGAAACAGGAAUCAUGAUGGGGAUGUAUUUAACAGAUCCAGUACUGGAUAAAACUUAAAGCCAGUUUCUAUUCAACAUAGUGAAAAGGUCACCUUGCCUGGCUGAGAAAAGAAGCAAAAUACCAGCUUGUUGGUUCCUAUUUACAUCUCAACUCCGGCUAGCCUCUUUUUCUUGAUGUUCGAAUCAAUUUGGGAUAUCUAGCUGUAAAGAGAGACAUACUGUACUCAUGGUAGAUGACAAGGAAAAGAACAUGAAAUGUCUCACCUUCUUCUUGAUGCUUCCAGAGACGGUAAAGAACAGGUCCAAGAAAAGCUCAAAGAAAGCAAACAGCAGCAGCAGCAGCAGUAGCAGCAGCAGCAGCAGCAGCGCUGGCAGCAGCAACAGCAAGUUGCCCCCAGUUUGUUAUGAAAUAAUUACCUUGAAGACUAAAAAGAAGAAGAAGAUGGCUGCUGAUAUAUUCCCUCGCAAAAAACCAGCCAAUUCCAGCAGCACCACUGUCCAGCAGUACCACCAGCAGAAUCUCAGUAACAACAACCUCAUCCCCGCCCCAAAUUGGCAGGGUCUUUAUCCUACCAUUAGAGAAAGAAAUGCGGUGAUGUUCAAUAAUGAUUUGAUGGCAGAUGUACAUUUUGUGGUUGGGCCACCAGGUGGGACUCAGCGGUUACCAGGACACAAAUAUGUCUUAGCUGUUGGGAGCUCUGUAUUCCAUGCAAUGUUUUACGGAGAACUUGCUGAGGACAAAGAUGAAAUCCGUAUACCAGAUGUCGAACCUGCUGCUUUUCUCGCUAUGCUGAAAUACAUCUAUUGUGAUGAGAUCGACCUGGCUGCUGACACAGUGCUUGCCACACUGUAUGCUGCCAAAAAAUACAUCGUCCCUCACCUGGCCAGAGCCUGCGUCAAUUUCCUAGAGACCAGCCUGAGUGCCAAGAACGCCUGUGUGCUCCUCUCCCAGAGCUGCCUGUUUGAGGAGCCAGACCUGACACAGCGCUGCUGGGAGGUGAUCGACGCACAGGCUGAGUUAGCGCUCAAAUCUGAGGGAUUCUGCGACAUUGACUUCCAGACAUUAGAAAGUAUCCUUCGCAGGGAAACUCUGAAUGCCAAAGAAAUUGUGGUUUUUGAAGCCGCUCUCAACUGGGCUGAAGUUGAAUGCCAGCGACAAGAUCUGGCGCUAAGCAUUGAAAACAAGCGCAAGGUCCUAGGGAAGGCACUUUACUUGAUCCGCAUACCCACCAUGGCCCUCGAUGACUUUGCAAAUGGUGCUGCACAGUCCGGAGUAUUAACUCUCAAUGAGACCAAUGACAUUUUCCUCUGGUACACUGCGGCGAAAAAGCCCGAGCUGCAGUUUGUGAGUAAGGCCCGCAAGGGCCUUGUCCCCCAGCGCUGUCACCGCUUCCAGUCAUGUGCCUAUCGGAGCAACCAGUGGCGCUACCGGGGUCGCUGUGACAGCAUCCAGUUUGCAGUGGACAAAAGAGUGUUCAUUGCAGGCUUCGGGCUGUAUGGUUCCAGCUGUGGCUCUGCAGAGUAUAGUGCCAAGAUAGAACUCAAGAGGCAGGGCGUUGUUCUGGGGCAGAACUUGAGCAAGUACUUCUCAGAUGGAUCCAGCAAUACCUUCCCUGUGUGGUUUGAGUACCCAGUGCAGAUUGAGCCCGACACCUUCUACACAGCCAGUGUGAUACUGGAUGGCAAUGAACUCAGCUAUUUCGGACAAGAAGGCAUGACGGAAGUUCAGUGUGGCAAAGUGACUGUUCAGUUUCAGUGCUCCUCAGAUAGCACCAAUGGCACUGGGGUACAGGGAGGGCAGAUCCCUGAACUUAUCUUCUAUGCUUGAACUUCACUACCUGAGCUCGAGCAGUGGGAGCUUGAGGUGCGCAUCUGUGCCCUCCUUGCUUGAUGCUUUAGCUCAGCUGCAGAUGGGUGAUCAGUGCAGGUCAUUUGUCAUGAUGAAGCAGUAGGCAGUUCCUAAUUUCUUUCAACCUUUUAAUUAUGUACAGGCUAAAUUGCAGCAUUCUGCUUUUAACGGUGUGCUUAGAGGAGCCACAUUCUUACUAAGGCUUUGUGACUUUUAGAGUUGUGUGUGUGUACCUGGAAGGCUGUGUUCUUCCAUGCGUCUCGCUGGCCAUCCAGUUUUGUCCCUCUGAAGAAAAUUUUGAAUCACCUCAAAUUUUUAAGGGUUUUAUUUGAUGAGUAGACAUAGUCUAAAACAAUAUUAUUACUGUCUAAAAGUAAUAUUACUUUUAAAUAGGCCCUCUUCAUUUUCAAAAAGAGAAAUAAACCUCAGUGUACAAUUUUGGGGAGUUUUGCUUUGUAAUCAGUCAUAAUUUAAAAAGAAGAUGGUGGUAUUACUUGUCUACUCCUUUAAAAUUGGUUGCUCUGGGCUCUGAUUUUUUUUUUAAUCUCAAUUCGUGCGGUUGUUACAUAUUACACAAUUCAAAAUGUUAAUGUAAAACAGGAAAAUAAGCAAUUGGGUAUUUGUUCAGCUCAUGACUUCUGCUCCAAAGCAGAUUUAUAUUCUUAAAGUCUAGAAGUUAAGGUACUAUAAUAUAAAGACUUCUUUUAGAAGUAACAAAAAUUGUAAGGGAAAAAUAUUGUCAGCAGAAAGAAGUUGCAAGCUUAGUAAUUUACACUGAAAUCAGAUUUACAAAAGAGCCCUGAAAAAGGUUUGUACUGCAGAUGGUUUACUUGAUGAUAGAUACAUCGGGAUAUACAGUUUGAAAAGACAAACUUUUCUUGCCUUUGGACUCCCACUUUUUUUUUUAAGUCGUUAUUGUACAGAGUUCCUGUUCCCUUUACCCUUAAUAAAAAAGGACCAAACAUUCUUUAGAGGAAUGGAGUAACAAUUAGUUUUAGUUUUAUAGCAUUACAUGUUAAUGUGGUAAGCUGUCUUUUUUAUUUUAUACAUGUGAAAUAUUCUUUAUUUGAUGUUUGACCAUAUACUAUCUGAUUGGUUGAUUAUGAUUCUGUGCUGUUCCUGGACUGCUAGAAUCUGGCCUCUGGCCAUCUUAAAGUGCCAAUAGAUGCCUGCAGGGUUUUUUGAAAAAUGAUUUGGAGUGACACACUUGAUUAUACCUAAUAUUCACCACAUCAGCAUCACAUCCAGCAUUCUUAAUUUGUCCAUGGGUAAUGUAAAAACAAUGAAGGGAAAAGCUCAUUUAAA